CUGGGUUCGGAAGAGCGAGUUGGCAACUCAGACGAUCGACUCAGAUCCAACUCGCUAAACCCCAACUAGUCUCUCAGGUCGGUGGGACAACCUGAAAAACCCUUCUAACUACCAAAUUUCGCCCCCUCUGCCGUUCCCACCGCCGGAACCCUAGGUCGUAGAAUCACUCCUCCGACGCUCCCCUUCCAUGGUCCUCUGAUUGCUUCUUCAUCUUCUUCAGAUGGGUCGGCCGGAGCCCUACGUCCUCUUUGCCCAGACCUUCGCUCACCCCCACCUCGACGAAUACGUUGACGAGGUAUUGUUUGCUGAACCAGUUGUUAUCACCGCGUGUGAGUUUAUUGAACAGAAUGCUUCGUCUACCUCUCAAGCAGUAGCACUAGCUGGUGCCACUUUGCCUCCUUCAUUUGCCGUAGAAGUGUUUGUUCAAUGCGAGGGAGAGACAAGAUUCAGACGCCUCUGUCAGCCUUUUCUAUAUUCUCAUUCAUCAUCGAACGUUCUGGAAGUUGAGACAAUUGUAAGUAACCAUUUAGUUGUAAGAGGCAGCUACCGCAGCCUAAGCUUGGUGAUAUAUGGAAAUACAGCAGAGGACCUUGGCCAGUUCAACAUUGGUUUGGAUGAUAGCUCAUUAAAUAACCUUGUUACCUCUGCUGAAGAGAACUUAGAGGAUCUCCCUCUGGCACUACAUUCAACUAGUUUGAUGACUGAGGAACCUGUGACUUCUCCAAUGAAGUUGUCACAACCUGAUGCUGUAUUGGAUAUUCCGGUUGAGGUUAAGCAAUUUUUACAGUUAAUGGCCAACAUGUUGGAACAAUUGAGUUUAGGCGAUGCAAUUCAUAAAAUAUUAGUCAUUGUAAUUUCAUCUGCUUCCUCUUAUGUCUCUUAUAUUCGAGAGAGAUCAAAGGAUCCAGAAGCUUUGUGUGGUAUUUUCAAAAAUGCCAAUAAGGAUCUUCUUAAGUUGUGUAAAGCUAUACAAGAGUCGAUGGAUGUAUCAGCUAACUUAUCUGCAGAGUUCUCUUUCCUUGAAUCUGAGGCUGAUUUGGCUUCUUCAAAACAGUUGGUGGAUAGUUUGAGCAAGUAUUUGAAUUUUAACUUGAGCUCUUCAGCUGUUGGCUGUCCUUGGCAAUCGAAGAACACCAGUGUCAUUUUUGGGUUGAGUGUGGCUCUUUUCUUGUGCUCUGCUCGAGAGAGUUGCUUUCAUUUUGUCAAUGGUGGUGGAAUGGAACAAAUUGUGCAUCUUCUUAGUAGUGGCGUCCAAGACUCUAUCACUUCGACCUUGCUUCUUCUUGCAGUUGUUGAACAAGCUACYCAAUAUUCAUUUGGAUGUGAAGGCUUUUUAGGUUGGUGGCCUCGUGAAGAUGAAAAUGUUCCAUCUGGAGCUAGUGAAGGUUACAGUCAGUUGUUGAAUUUGUUAUUGCAAAAGCCACGUCAUGAUAUUGCUUCUCUCACAACUCAGAUCCUUCAACGCCUAAGUUUUUAUGAAGUUGCUUCCCGAUAUGAGUGUGCUGUCUUGUCUGUAUUGGGAGGUCUUUCUAGCAUUGGAAGAGUUUCAAAUGUUCAUUUGAACGUGCUUAUCAGUAUGAAGUCCCAACUUAAAACAAUUCUGAAUUUGAUAAAUUUAUGUGGGCCAAUUCAAGAUCCUUCUCCACCUUCAUGUGCUACCAAAUCAUUGUUUCUCGGUCAAACUGAUGGUUUAUUAUCAUGUAAAGCAACAAGUUACUUGAUAUCCUCAUCAAAGUGUAGCUUUUCACAAUGGGAUGCUGACCCUCAUUUACUUGCGCUUCUAAAGGAAAGAGGGUUUUUUUCUCUUUCAGCUGCAAUGUUGUCAUCUUCCAUAAUGCGUUCAGAAGGGAGUAAAAUCAUGGAUGUGUUUUUGGAGAUUGUAUCUUCUAUUGAAGCCAUUGUCCUUUCACUUCUUUUUUGUCGAUCAGGUCUAGUAUUCCUACUCCACCAUUAUGAACUUUCAACUACAAUUCUUCAUGCUUUAAAGGGUGAUGAAGAUGCCAAUUUGGAGGAGUGUAUGCCCAUUCGAUAUGCAUCAACCCUUAUCUCUAACAACUUCUUUUGUAAGCCCUCAAAUAUUGCUACGAUUGUACGGAUACACUUGAGAGUGGUCACUGCAAUUGAUCGCUUACUUAUGACGACUCCAAACUCAGAAGAAUUUUUAUGGGUCUUGUGGGAACUUUGUAGUAUUUCUAGAUCUGACUGCGGACGUCAGGCCUUGCUUGCUCUGACAUACUUUCCAGAGGCCAUUGUCAUUUUAAUUGAAUCCUUACGUUUGGUCAAAGAGCCAGAACCAGGAAGCAAGAAUAGUGGUGCUUUGCCUCUGAAUCUUGCAAUAUCUCACUCUGCUGCUGAGAUCUUUGAAGUCAUUGUAACCGACUCAACUGCAUCUUCACUUGGUUCUUGGAUUGUGCAUGCCAUGGAGCUUUACAAGGCUUUACAUUGUUCUACUCCAGGGUCAAAUAGAAAAGAUGCUCCCACUCGAUUGUUGGAAUGGAUAGAUGCUGGUGUUGUUUACCAUAAGAGUGGGGCUAUUGGUCUUUUAAGAUAUGCUGCUGUAUUAGCAUCUGGGGGAGAUGCUAACUCAAAUUUAGCAAAUACUUUAGUGUCGGAGUUGACAGAUUUAGACAAUGCCGGAGAACCUGCUGGUUCUGAUGUUAAUGUCAUGGACAAUCUUGGUAAAACCAUUUCUGAAAAGACUUUUGAUGGUGUUACCCUUCGUGACUCAUCUAUAGCACAAUUGACUACUGCAUUCCAGAUUUUGGCAUAUAUUUCAGAAAACUCAACUGUUGCUGCUGCCCUGUAUGAUGAAGGUGCAGUAGCGAUUAUUUAUGCAGUACUAGUUGACUGUCGAUUUAUGCUGGAGAGGUUCUCAAACAAUAAUGAUUAUCUCGUUGACGAGGGUACAGAAUGCAAUUCUACAUCAGAUUUGCUCUUGGAACGUAAUCGAGAGCAGAGCCUAGUCAAUCUUUUGGUACCAUGCUUGGUGCUGCUUCUCAAUCUCUUGCAAACAUUGCAGGUUGCUAAAGAGGAGCAUAGGAAUUCAAAACUAAUGAAUGCUCUUGUAAGAUUGCAUCGAGAAGUGAGUCCAAAACUAGCUGCUGGUGCAUUUGAUUUAUCCUCACCGUUUCCCAAUUCUGCACUUGGUUUUGGAGCUGUCUGCCAUCUUCUGGUGUCCGUACUUGCUUGUUGGCCUGUUUAUGGCUGGACUCCUGGCCUUUUCAGCUCACUCCUUAAUAGUGCCCAAGCUACCUCUUUACAGGCUUUGGGUCCAAAAGAAACCUGCAGCUUGCUCUGUCUGCUGAAUGAUUUAUUUCCUGAUGAAGGAAUCUGGCUUUGGAAGAAUGGUAUGCCUCUGUUGAGUGCCGUUAAAAAACUUGGUAUCAGGACAAUAUUGGGGCCUCAAAUUGAGAAUGACGUCAAUUGGUAUUUGGAGCCUGGUCACCAAGAGAAACUGUCAGGUCAACUAUUGCAACAGCUUGAAAAGAUUUCCCAAGUUGUCCAACAUUAUGCCAUUUCGACAUUGGUUGUCAUCCAAGACAUGCUUCGGAUAUUUAUAAUUCGCCUUUGUUGUCAAAAAGCUGACAGCGCUUCUAUUCUUCUGCGACCAAUAUUAUUGUGGACACGUGCUCGUGUUUCUGACUUGUCUUCUCUUUCAGACAUGGAUGCUUACAAAAUAUGUAGGUAUCUUGAUUUUUUUGCCAGCUUAUUGGAGCAUCCUCAUGCCAAGGCGCUAUUGUUGAAUGAGGAUGCUAUCCAGUUGCUAAUUGAAGUAUCACAUAGAUGUUUGGAUGACUUAGAUUCAGACGAAAAGCUGGUUCCCGGGUCCAGAUUCUCUACUAAAUGUGGGUUUUCUAUACUCAACUGGUGCCUCCCUGUUUUCAAGUCCUUUUCGUUACUUUGCUACUCUAGGCCAUCUCUUAAGCACAUUGGAAAACACAAUCUGCACCACUUUGGCUUAUUAAGCGCAGAAGAUUAUUCGUUGAUUCUAUGUUGUAUUCUACAGUUCUGUCAGGUCCUGCCUGUUGGAAAAGAAUUAGUUGCUUGUCUUGCAGCAUUCAGGACCUUGGGAUCUUGUAGUGAAGGGCGAACUGCUUUAGCAUCUAUUUUGAUUGAUAUUAAUAAUGUUGACGAGCUUGAAUCUCAAGGACACAAAAAGGGAAGUGACUUCUCUUUUAAUGUAUCAAGUUGGAGGAUGAAUCCUCCUCUGCUAUUUUGCUGGAAAAAGUUAUUGAUAUCAAUUGAUUCAAAUGAUUAUAUACCAAGGUAUGCAAUUCAGGCAGUUGAUGCGCUGUCUUCAGGAUCAUUAAGCUUAUGCCUGGAUGGAUCAAGUUUGGUCUUGGACAGGAUCGGAGAAGUGAAAUUUCUCUUUGGCCUUGCUGAUGCUGUAGAUGAUGUAAUUGUUUCUUCGUCCGAAGAUGCUAUAGGUUAUAUACAAGAAAUGAUUGAUGUUUUCAAGUUAAAAUUGAGAAUUGGUGAUUAUCCAGAAGACUCCAACAUACCAACUUUGAUGCAUCAGGUUUUAGAGACUGCAGAAUCAUUGUUAUUAUUGUUAGAGAAGCCUACUGGUUCAGUUAAGGUUGAAGAUAUUACUCCACCUGAUGCUUCUUUGAUACCGAGUAAUAUAUUAGAUUCUCUGAAGCUUUGCCAGUUUUCCGAUGACAGCAUUGGAAGUGUGGAUGACAAUCUUCUUUUAGGUAUCGGGGACAAGUUUAUGUGGGAGUGUCCAGAAAUAUUACCUGAUAGAAUGAAUGCUCUUCCUGCAAAAAGGAAAAUGUCAACAUUGGAUGGGCAAGCUAGGCGUGCUAGAGGAGAGAACUCCCCAGCUGAGAUCUCAUCCCAGAACACAYUUGCACGUGGAUCUGGGAUAUCUACUGCCCCUUCACUUCCAUCACGUAGAGAUACUUUUCGGCAGCGCAAACCAAAUACCAGUCGGCCUCCUUCUAUGCAUGUUGAUGAUUAUGUUGCAAGAGAACGAAAUGUUGAUGGGGCUAUUAAUUCUAAUGUAAUUGCUAUUCAGCGAGUAGGGUCUUCUAGUGGGAGACCUCCAUCAAUACAUGUGGAUGAGUUUAUGGCCAGACAAAGGGAACGCCAGAAUCCUGUUGCAGCUGUUGUUGGGGAGGCCGCAUCACAAGUGAAGGGUGGUGGGGUUCCUGUAAGUGACACAGAUUUGGAGAAAAUAAGCAAACCUAAGCAGUUAAAGACUGACCUUGAUGAUGAUCUUCAGGGGAUUGAUAUUGUAUUUGAUGAAGACUCUGAUCCUGAUGACAAAUUACCCUUCCCUCACCUAGAUAAUAAUCUACAGCAAUCUGAUUCUGUCUUGGUUGAACAAGGUUCUCCUCGUUCUAUUGUUGAAGAGACAGAAAGUAAUGGUAAUGAUACAAGUCAGUUUUCUCCCAUAUGUGCACCGUCUGCAUCUAAUGUUGAUGAGAAUACCCAAAGUGAAUUUUCUUCCAGGAUGUCUGUUUCACGUCCUGAAUUCCCAUUGGCUCGUGAAUCUAGUGUGUCCUCUGGGAAGAAGUAUUUUGAGCAUCCUGAAGAUGGAAAGAAUGCUAUUCCAGUUAGAAGUACAGGUGGGGUUGAUACUUCAGCUACAGUUAACUCUGCCUACAACAAUGCAAUUACGCCACCUUCAAAGUUACUGGCUGAGCCUAGGGCAAGUACACAGAAUUACUUCCACAAAAAUAGUCCUCAGAAUCUUGGCAGUGGACCACUAUCGAUAGGAUCUCAAGGAUUCUAUGAGCAGAGGUUUUUUCCAACUCAACCACCUCUACCUCCAGUGCCUCCACCUCCAACAGUUGCACCUGUAAUAUCUCAACCAUCUGAUCUGGUUGCCAGUCAAUCUUCCCCAUUUGCGAACUUUGCAUCUGAUACUCAACAACGAUUUUCUUCGACCUUCCAUGUCCCAUCGGAUUAUCCGUCUGGAUACAAUAGUUCUGCAUCAUUUCCCAGUGGAUCUGUUCGGCCACCUCCACCUCUUCCUCCAACGCCGCCACCUCUUUCAUCCAGCCCUCUUAAUUUAUCAUCGAGUAAAUCUUCUAUUCCAAGCACUCCAGUUUACAACCUGGAAAGUGUUGGGAUGACUGAAAUUCCUCAGAACCCUACUGCAACUUCAACUGAURCGCGUUUAGGUGGUGUAUCUGCUUCUGGGGUCAUACUAGCUUCUAACCCUCUACCUGCACUUCCACACUUGAUAUUUAGUAGGCCUUCAAUGCCUGUAAAUCUCUAUGGGGGCAUUUCAACUCAGCAACAGAGUGAAAACUCGUCAAGCAUCUUGCCAAAUCUAGCUAUUCCUCCAUCUUCCAUGCCUUCAAUACAUUCUCUUCCUCAGUUACAGCCCCUGCAACCUCCACAGCUUCCUCGUCCUCCUCAGCCACCCCCUCAGCAUCUUAGGCCACCCAUUAUAGCUUCACAACAAUCAGAACAGGUAGCAUCAAUGCAAAAUCCGGUUCAAAUGCAAAUGCAUCAAUUGCAAAUACUACAACAGCCCCGAGUUUCUCCUCAGUACUACCAGUCACAACCAGUAGGAAUGUCACAUGCACUGCCACAGCAACAAUUCGAACAUCCUCAACAUCAAGCUGUGCAUCAGCCUGGGGAUGCUGCAACCACAUCCCAGCAACAGCAGGAUUCAGCAAUGUCAUUGCACGAGUACUUCAAGUCUCCAGAAGCUAUUCAGUCAUUGUUGAGUGACCGGGAAAAACUGUGUCAGCUUCUGGAACAGCACCCAAAGUUGAUGCAGAUGCUUCAGGAGAGACUGGGUCAACGAUAGUAACACAAGCAUGUAGAAUAGAGGGACAGACUUCUCUUUUAUACUUCGUAGCAUAGCGGCUGCAGUCCCUGUUUCAAAGAACAGCCUGUAACAUAAGUUUUGUAGUAAAUAGAAAUUAUGCAUUAUAUGUUAAUCUUGUAAUGUAACUAUAAACAGUUCUUUUGUUUAGUUCAUGAAAUUUACAUUAGUUUCGUUUCAUACUUAGUUUCACAAUAGUCGAGAGAAGUUCCUAUUUGUAAAUAUGGCCAAGUCAACGUUACCGAGCUAUUCUCGCUGUUUGGAAGCGUUCUAAAACAUAGCUUUGUAUGGUUUGUUUUGUUUUUUUCUUUC